AUGCCUCUGACCGCUCGCCUCCCUGCCCCUACUUUCCUCGCCCUAUCAUUCUUCUUUCCCCUCCCCUCCUCCACUCUCUGUUGUUUAGCAAGCAAGACCAGACCAAGAACCAAGCCCUUUUCCUCUACUCCCCCCUCAUGCUGCGGAGAGAGGCCGUCGGCCGCCGCUUCCGGCCGCCGCUUUGGCGUGCCCUGCCGCCGACACGUCCCCCCAGGACUACUGCCAUUGAUGAAAAAUCCCAUCCCUUGCCACCGCCGCCAGCAGCAGCCGAAUAAGCCCUCUCAAAUUCAAGAAAAGGGUGUCAUUUUGGGCUUGGGAAUGCUCACCCGCCUCUGGCUGCCAGUGUGCCGCGCCGUUCCGGCCAGGCGCGCCCGCGACGUCGGCAUCCGGCAUGUGGCUGACGACGGUGGAGGUCCUCCAUCUGCUGGCCUUCUGCCCGCCGGUCACCGUUCCACUGCAGUGGCGCCACCACCAGGGUCCGAUCCACGUCCUCCUGCUGGCAUGCAACGGACUCCGUCCACUCCGGCGACGCCGCCAACCUACUCCAACUUCAAUGCCGCCGGCCGCUCCGAACCCCCGUCGGCACGUCGCCCUGGAGUGCCGGAGGACACACUCCCUCCUCACCAGCGUCGCCGCCCCGAGCAGCAGCAGCAGAAGCCGAAAAGAAGCGACCUUUUUGCCUCGGCGUCGGCGAUGCUGCGGCUGGGGAUGAAAACGGCGGUACCUCACCUCCGGCCGCCAGCGUGCCGCACUGUUCCGUUGCUGACCGGUGGAGGCCCUCCAUCUGCUGGCCUUCUGCCUGCCGGCCACGGUUUGACACCGGCGACACCACCCGUCUCUCCUUCGGUUGGACUCCUCUUCAACUUCCACGGCCCUUGUCCUCGUCUUCCUGCUGGGCCUGGCACACCAUGGACUGGCCGCCAUCUCCUGGCGCCUCACUGUCCGGUGAUAAGGAUCAGGCGUCAUUUGCAGUUAAACAUGAUGAUGACUUUGAGAUUAGUGCUCAAGAAGGGAACUCAGCCAACAAAGCGGUUGCUAAGCACAUUUUCAGAUCCAGUGACAAAAGGGAUUAACCUGUUGUCAGUAGAGGAAUGCGAGAGUGCUAGGGAUGAAAUGUCAUCCGGCAUAGAAGAUGUCGUGGACAAGAUUGCAUGCCUUGAGGGUAACCUCCAGAACUUAAGUGCAAGCUAUUUGAAAGAAUUACUGCAGCAUGUCUUAAAAGAGUGCAAGAAACACCAGUCGAAGGAAAUGUUAAAGAAGUUAUACUACGAGAAGAUUAGACCUGCACUAGUUGCACGUGUUCUUUUAUCACCUUAUUCUCUCAGUGACCAUAGGGGCAUCAAGUUGCUUGAAGAGUAUAAGAAACAUGUAACAGAUGCUAAGUAUUUGACAAGUAUCGACUUGAUGGAGGCGAUGAUAAACAUGACAGAGUUAUAUUGGAGCAUCUUCUUGGAUUUCCUAAGUGAAAAAGGAUGUUUGCAAAGGGAGAAGAUGUUUUGGGUUGAUGGCUUGAUGAGGGUAAUGAAGUUAGAAGGACCUGACACUAAUGUGGACCUCCGAAGCCUUCUGAAAAAGGUGAAAAGUUACCUUAGUGGGAAGCCGCUGUUUAAAUUCACGCAAAAACAAGGCUCCUUCAACAGUUUGAUUAAGAAAAUAAGGGAGGAGUCAAGGCAGUCAAGUCUUCUAGACUCGCAGCAGUCAAGUCCUCCUCUAGACUCGCAGCAGUUAAGUCCUCUGGACUUGCACCAAAGAUACCAGUCAGAAGUUGAAGAAAAGGAUAAAGCAGAUAUAUUGUCCCACAUUAUUACAGCAUUGAGACCGUCCAAGGUUUUUAUUGUGAUGAAGGAAUCUCAGUCUGAAGCUAGAAGUAAGAUCUUGAAAAUGUAUGAGGACUGCAGAAUUGAGGAGACUAGUGAAGACAGUGAGAACUGUAGAAUGAUUAUCUUAAAUGUCGAGCACAGAACCAUAUCUAAAACUGCCAAGAGAGACUUGUGGAUCAGUUUUGAUUCAUCGAUUCCGGAAGGACUGUUCCAAAACAAGUCAGAUUCGUUAAUGGUUUUUUUUAAGAACGCCAAAAGAAAAGAAGAGAAGCCCCAUCCUAACACUAAGUGGUCUCAAAGCUUUGACAAGCUGUUCAUAGUAGUUGAGUUGCCUGAGGCAAAGGAUAUUAUGCUGGAUUUGAAGCCUGAGGGCCAUUUUCACUUCUCUGCAAUGGGAGCUGAUGACAUGCCAUACGAGCUUGACCUCGAGCUAUUUGACGCUAUUAACCUUGAGAAGCUGGAUAUCAGAGCUGCAGCUUCUGAUCUUCAGAAUGAUGAAAACGAAGUGAUGAACGAAGCUAAUGAAGUUCGCAAACAACUGUUGCCAUCCGGAGAUUACUCUUUCUUCUACUGCUAUGUAUCUGAUUUUGACAUUGCAGCUGCUAUUAAGAUAAUGUCAAAUGACUGA